GACGUAAUGUGAACAAAAUGAAGAGAGAAGAAAGAGGCUAAGAAUAGAACCAUCUCAUGCUCCUGAAACCACGCUAAGGACGCUGCAGGCGCCGAUUGUGGUAUUUGGAUAAGCGCUACCGACCCACCAACCACCGUGCAGCAUUUCCCAACCAACUUCCCAGCUUUCGAGAUGAACGAAGACCUUUACAAUGAGGUCGAGGCCAUCAAUUCCAUUUAUGGAGAUGCGUCUCUCGUUGCUACCAGCGAGCAGUAUGUCUUUGUGUUACAACUUCCUCAGCACGAUACCUCGCUGAGAGUGAGCUUUCCUCCCGACUACCCCUCCAGCCCGCCGUCAGUUCUCGGCACAGAGAGCUCUGGAGGUCACUCCCGCAAAGGCGAUGCUGCGCAUAUCGUCGACGUCUUCCGCGAUGCUCUCGGAAGGCUUUACCAGCCAGGCGAAGUCUGUUUGUUCGAUGUCAUCGAGGAAGUAAACAGCAGUACCUCAGCACCAGAUGUGAUACGUGUACUGGAACCUGGGGACUCGCAUGAAAACGAAAAUUCCAUAGGCGGCAAUACACCAAGAAUCGAAGAUAACUCGCCACUCGAGCAGCAUGUUCCAUGGACCCUGUCGGACAUUGUGGUAGAGAUGAAGUCCGUAUUUGUUGCACGAGCUGCCCCAGUCUCCUCGCCCGAUCAAGCCAAACAAUAUCUCCAACAUCUGCUGGACAACGACAAGAAAGUCCGCUCUGCAACACAUAAUAUAACGGCCUGGCGUAUCAAGGGGGCUAACGGAGUAUCAUAUCAAGACUGCGACGAUGAUGGAGAGACGGCUGCGGGAGGACGUGUGCUUCAUCUGAUGCAAUUGAUGGAUGUCUGGAAUGUUAUGGUAGUAAUUACCAGAUGUGCGUCAUUCGGGCAGAGCCAAACCCUCGCCUCCUACCACCAGUGACCCUGGAACACCUGAGUUCCAAAAAUCAUCGCGAGACCUGUGUAUACAUGAGUAAUGGCUGACUGUCUGCUUAUUGCAGGGUACGGUGGUCAUCAAUUAGGGCCCAAGAGAUUUAGCAUCAUCAAUACAGUUGCGCGGGACUCGUUUGUGAAGGGAGGUUUUGUGCAGGAAGAAAAUUCGGCGGCCAAGAAGAAGGGGAAGCGUUGAAGGACUGGAAGGUGAACUAUUGGGCAAACGACCCAGCAUCGAAACUAUCGAAUUCUCGUGUCUAAGGACACUUUGCAGAAGACAUGUGGUGGUCAUGAUUCAGAAGUCAAACAUCACUUACAGCAUCAUCCAGGCCAUACGAUUAGUAGUAUGGGUUAGGUGGCUUAGGGAUUUGGGUUGAGCGAAAUGUGAGGAAGUAUGGCACUGGAAAUGGCAAGACAGGAGCAACCUCAUGAAUGGAAAGUGGAGUCGAGCCAAAAGCAUGCGGACA